CAGACACUCUGAAAGCAACUUUUCAACAUGAAGCUGGUGGCAGAUCUUCUCUGUCUGUCGGCGUGCCUCACUGCAGUAACUUCUGACCGGGUCUACGUCCACCCUUUCAAUUUGUUUUCUUUCAACAAGAGUACCUGUGAGGAGCUGGAAAGCCUGGUCCAGGAGGGAAAGAAAACUUUUGUCCCUGUCUCCAUUGAGUCCCAAACCACACCUGCCUAUGAAGAUGACCUGAUUCACAAGGACAAGCUGGAAGCCCCGAUCCUGAGUAGUCGGGGGAGACAGAAACUGAGCUAUUUGCAGAACUUUGUGUAUGUCCUGGGUGCACGGUUUUACAGUGUGCUGCAGGAAGCACGGCGGGGCCAAAACGUGCUCCUGUCCCCAACCAGUCUUUACGGCUCUUUGGUGUCUUUCUACCUGGGUGCCUCAAACCAGACAGCGGCAGAUCUGCAGGGUUUGCUGGGAUUCGUUCCCCCCUCUGGAGACCCUGACUGCACCUCCAGGGUGGAUGGACACAAAGUCCUUUCCAGCCUGAGGACGAUCGAAAGCCUCGUCAGGAGUGGGGAUGAGGAGCUGCUCUUUUCCAAGAUGCUCUACCUGUUCUCUGCCCCCGGUGUGCCUCUGUCCCAGCUGUUUGUGCAGGACUUGCUCCCCUUCACCGAUGCUCUCUAUGCCCGAGCCGUUGACUUUACAAACCCAAGUGAGGCAGCAAAGCAAAUAAAUGCUUUUGUGGAGGCCAAAAGCGAGGGUCAAAGCAAGUGCUUGCUGACAGACAUCGAUCCAUCCGCUGACCUGCUAUUUGCAGUGGACGUCCGCUUGACAGUGAACGUUAAGCAAGCCUUCCAGCUCAAAGAGCCUCAGGACUUCUGGGUGGACUCAAACACAAAGGUCUUGGUCCCUAUGUUGUCACUCACAGGGACAUUCAAGUACAAGACUGAUGCCAGCAGGACUUUUUCUGUGGUGGAAGUCCCCAUCAGCAAGACAGUGGUGCUGGUGCUGCUGCAACCCAUCAACGGCAGUGAGCUGGAGCAGGUGGAGUUGGAGGUGCUGCUGCAGUCCUCUGCUUGGCUUCAGCAGCUGUCCCCAAGAGAGAUUAAAUUAACGCUGCCAGAGUUAACAAUAGAAGGCAACUCCAAUCUACAGGAGCUCCUUGCAGAUAUGAAACUGCCUGCACUGCUAGGGAAGGGGGCAGAUCUCAGUAAAAUAAGCGACGCCAAUCUAACAGUUGGAAAGGUAAUAAAUAAAGCCCUUUUCAAACUGAGCAGUGAUGGAACAGAUCAGCCUGAAGACAGUGCAGCACAGAAGGAAGAUGUGGUGUUCCUGGAUGUAACACUGAACAAGCCAUUCCUGUUUGCUGUUUCUGAAGAGAAGUCAAGGGCAAUGCUUUUCCUUGGCAGAGUAACAAACCCUCUGCACAGGGCUUAA